AGGUUUGAAAAAACUUCACCGAGAGACUGAGCUGUGAUCAUCACUGUCUGUCAGGGGCCCCAGGGAGCCGGGCCAGGGGCCACAGAGACUGACUGCUGCCAGAUCCGGGAGAAUGAUGCUUGCCAACCAGCUGUCUACAGAGAUCCAGAGCAGCGUCACCAUCGAGUAUCUCAAUGCCUCCGGGCAGACUCUCAAGCGCAAGGUGAUCCGCAAUGCCUCCCUGACUCUGGGCCGCAAUGAGCACCGAGAGCUCCUGCUGCUGGUGAGUGACGGGAAACUGCAGCAGAAAUUUAUUCUGAAAGAUAUAAAGCUCUUCACUCGCUUCAUCCAAGACGGCAAAGGAUCGAUCGUGCUGAACCCAGAUAAUGUCCAACUGCUGAUUUCUAACUGCCCCUCGGACAAACUCAAGCUCUUCAUGAGGACUCUCCUAAUAAAGCAUGAAGCUGGCAAGCAGGAGAAGCCGGUGAAUGAACGAACCCGUCUGCUCUCUGGCCUUCCUCGGGUCUUCGAAACCAUCAGCCCGGUGCAGAGAAAGGAUGUAGAGCAGGCAAAUGCUGUGCGUGCCAAGGUCAACUCGGAGACCCCCGUAAAAGGGAAGGGACUGAGCCUCCGGGGAGUCAAUGGCACAAACCGAUUCCAACAGAAACGAGCAAGAACAGAGUCCUCUGACAACUGCUCGGUGAAGGAUCUCCAGCCGUGCAAGAAGCCGAUUCUAAUGAUGCCCAAACUCCUGAGACUCUCCACCGAGCAGUCUCUGGUCCUGAAUACCGUCCUUGGUGGAAAGAACGUCUUCUUUACUGGCAGUGCAGGUACCGGAAAGUCCUAUCUUUUGAAGAGGAUUGUGGGUGCUCUGCCUCCUAAAAGUACUUAUGCUACUGCGAGUACCGGAGUUGCUGCCUGUCACAUUGGUGGUACAACUCUGCAUGCAUUCGCAGGAAUUGGCUCUGGCAAGGCUCCGCUUGAUCAGUGCAUUGAGCUGGCGAAAAGACCGGGCGUCCGUCAGCACUGGACCAGCUGCCAACAUCUGAUCAUUGACGAAGUGUCAAUGGUGGAAGGUGAAUUGUUUGACAAACUGGAAGCUGUGGCCAGAGCUGUACGAGGAAAAGACGAACCGUUUGGAGGAAUUCAGCUCAUUGUCUGCGGAGAUUUUCUUCAGCUCCCACCGGUCACCCUGGCCUCAAGCCAAACCAAGUUCUGCUUCCAGGCAAAAACUUGGAGAAAAUGUAUUGAUUUGACCAUGGAACUCACAGAGGUCAGAAGACAAACGGAUAAAGACUUCAUCUCCCUCUUACAGGAGGUGCGCCUUGGCAGAUGUACUGAGGAGGUCACAAGACGCCUUCUCCUGACCAGCAACCAUAAAAUAGAGCGUGAUGGGAUUUUGGCAACACGACUCUGUACCCACAAGGAUGACGUGGAGCUCAUGAACGAACGCCGUUUACAACAAUUGCCGGGUGAUAUGACUAGUUUUGAAGCCUUGGACAGCGACCCAGCGCUAAUAAAGACCAUAAACAGCCAGUGCCCGGUUGGGGAGAGGAUUCAGCUGAAGAAAGGUGCACAGGUGAUGUUAGCUAAGAACCUGGACGUGUCCCGUGGGUUGGUUAAUGGUGCUCGUGGUGUUGUGAUUGGGUUUGAAGGAAGUGGUAAACCUGUGCCCAAGGUUCGCUUCCUGUGCGGUGUAACGGAACUCGUUAAGGCGGAACGCUUUGUGUUUAAAGGUCACGGUGGGAUCUACAUUAGUCGCCAACAGCUCCCUCUCAAACUGGCAUGGGCCAUUUCCAUCCAUAAGAGCCAGGGCAUGUCUCUGGACUGUGUGGAGAUCUCCUUGGCUCGUGUCUUUGAGAGUGGCCAGGCUUAUGUUGCACUGUCUAGAGCUCGCAGUCUGGAGGGGCUUCGGGUUUUGGAUUUUGAUCCGAAUGUUGUGAAAGCCAAUCCAUAUGUUCUUCAGUUCUACUCCCGUCUGCAGAAAGAAAGGGCACUUCGACAGAUGACACUUGCUCCCUUCCUGGAGGAGAAUUGAUUGAUUGAUUGAUCAUUUUAACUGUGUUCACUGUGUGAAUGUGUAAAUACUGUACAGGAUGCCUUUUUACAUGUCUUUUUAAUAAAGCUAUUCUUUAAUUA